UUUUUCAAUCUGUAUGGCUUACUUGGGUUAUUUUAUUUCGAGCACCAGCUAAAGUUAAUAAUCCAAAAAGUUUUACAUCAAAAUUUAUGGCUAAUAUAUGGGCAUGUUUUUGUUUGGCAUUUACUGCUAGUUAUACAGCUAAUUUAGCGGCUUUUAUGAUUACGAAAGAUGUUUAUUUUGAUCUAUCGGGUAUUACGGAUCCUCGCAUUUCAAAUCCAUAUUCAGUGAAACCACCAUUUCUUUUUGGAACUGUUGCAAAUGGAAGUACUGAUGAAGUUGUGAAAACCAAUCAUAAAUUAAUUUAUUCAUAUAUGAAACCAUUUAUGAAAAAAAAUGUAUCUGAAGGAAUUAAAGCAUUGAAAGCUCAAGAAUUACAUGCAUUUUUGUAUGAUGCAGUUGUACUUGAUUAUUUAAGUGGGCAAGAUGAUGGAUGUAAAUUACGUGUUGUUGGAAAUUGGUAUGCAAUGAGUGGUUAUGGAAUUGCAUUUCCAAAACAAUCAAAAUUUAAAGAUAUGAUUAAUAAAGAAAUUAUUGAAAUGCAUUAUUCAGGUGAAAUUGAACGUCUUCGAAGAUUUUGGUUUACAGGUGCUUGUAAAUCCAAUGUGGAUCAACAAUCUGAUCGAAGUAGUCAGCCAUUAGAUCAAAGAAACUUUACAUCUGCAUUUUUACUUCUUUUUGGUGGUACUCUAAUUGCAACUAUUAUACUUCUAUCAGAUAAUGCAUAUUCACGUUUUAUUGCUCGUUCAAAAGCAAAUCUUACUGAAGAUAAAAAAAGCCCAGAACGUAAACCUAUGCUCAAUAAUAAUCAUAAUCUUAAUCUUAAUGAUAUAUUUCAUACUCGACGAGAGAAAAUCUUGGAAAAACAUAUCGAAAUAUUACAAGAACGUGUUCACCAGUUGGAAACACAAGUAUCAAUAGAAUCAUUAUCUCAGCCAUUAGAUGAUAACGAUAAAAAACUUACAAAUAAAUCUACAUGUUUAGUACUACCGGUGAGAUACACACCUGAACCGGAACUAUCACCUCGGUUAGAAAUUACUUCACGUAUGCCAAGAGAUGAUAUUAGUACACAAUUGUUACUUGUUGAACAAACACAUACACGUGUAUAUGAAACAGUUGUUUAA